AUGCAUCUAAGCUCGGUGAAUCUUACUCAGAACCAAGGGGUGGAGGUGGCGGACGGCGCAGCGGGGGUGGAUUUGGCGCGGGGAGAACCAAGGGUGGAGGAUUCAAUGGAGGCGGUGAUGGGGGGUUUUGUUUUGAGAUUGGUGGGGGAGGCACGGGGCUCUGAGGUGGCGGAGGACGAAGUGGAGGAGGCGGGCUUUUCUUUGGGGGGCGGUGGUGGUGAAAGUACGGCUUUGGGGGGGGGAGGGGCGCCGCGAGGAGGAGGAGGGGGGGAGCCGCUGGUGCUAGUGGGGAGGGGAGUGCCACUCUUUGUCGGGAGGGGAGUGCUGGGUAAGGGAGGAGAAGGAGAGGGACUGGACGGCAAAGGACUAGGGGGUGAGGACGAUUUAGGCUGGGGAGAUUGGGACACAGGAGGCGGGGACUUGGCUAGUAAAGGAGGGGGUUGGGCUUGCUCGACUUUAGGGGGCGGGGACCCGCUUGAGGCUGUGCUCGAGGGGGGUGUCGGCGGGGGCGUUGUCGGCGGGGGUGUUGUGGGCAGGGGUGUUGUGGGCAGGGGUGUGCUAGGCACGUUUGUAGGGGGGGGCUGCAGAGGGGAGGGAAGGCUGGUUCCGGGGAGGGUAGUCGGCGGAGGCCCCUGCAAUGUUGGUGGGCUUCCUGCGAAGGGAAUUCAAAGAAUGCUUUGA